AACCUGAGCCUGGACCCCUGUCUAGCGUUCACUACCCAUAACCCGCUGCGAAGUGUUUGUAGUAAAUACUUAUAAUAGAGAAAAUGAGCAUUGUACCAAAGGAGACAGUUGAAGUGAUAGCGCAAAGCGUUGGAAUUAACAAUUUGUCUACAGAUGCAGCCCUCGCUCUGGCUCCUGAUGUUGAAUAUCGAAUGCGCGAAAUCAUGCAGGAGGCAAUCAAAUGCAUGCGUCACUCCAAGAGAACUAGGAUGACGACAGAUGAUGUUGAUGGUGCUCUGAAAUUAAGGAAUGUGGAGCCAUUAUAUGGUUUUGCCUCAGGGGGACCUUUGCGGUUCAGAAGAGCUAUUGGGCAUAGGGAUUUGUUUUACAUUGAUGACAAGGAUGUGGAUUUCAAAGAUGUGAUUGAAGCUCCUUUACCUAAAGCUCCUCUUGAUACAGCAAUUGUUUGUCACUGGCUAGCAAUUGAAGGGACACAACCUGCAAUCCCAGAAAAUGCUCCAGUGGAAGUAAUUACUCCUCCACCUGAUGGAAAAAACAAUGAACAGAAGGAUGGGCUUCCUGUUGACAUUAAAUUACCAGUUAGACAUAUAUUGUCUAGGGAACUUCAGCUGUACUUUGAUAAAAUCACUGAGCUAACUGUGAGCAGGUCUGAUUCGGUACUUUUCAAACAAGCAUUAGUGAGUUUGGCUACAGACUCGGGACUCCAUCCAUUAGUUCCUUAUUUCACAUACUUUGUUGCUGAUGAGGUAUCUCGUGGUUUGAAUGAUUAUUCCCUUCUGUUUGCUUUGAUGCGUGUUGUUUGGAGUCUUCUUCAGAAUCCUCACAUACAUAUAGAACCUUAUCUUCACCAAUUGAUGCCAUCUGUAGUUACCUGCCUUGUUGCAAAAAGGUUAGGGAAUAGACUUGCGGAUAACCACUGGGAACUUAGAGACUUCACAGCAAAACUGGUUGCUGCAAUAUGCAAAAGAUUUGGGCAUGUGUAUAACACUCUUCAGACACGUCUGACCAAAACUCUUCUCAACGCUCUUUUGGACCCAAAGCGAUCAUUGACUCAACAUUAUGGUGCAAUUCAAGGUUUAGCAGCCUUGGGACCCAACGUGGUUCGCCUUCUUCUACUGCCAAAUCUUGAGCCUUAUUUGCAUCUUCUUGAACCUGAGAUGCUACUUGAGAAGCAAAAGAAUGAAGUGAAGAGGCAUGAGGCCUGGCGAGUGUAUGGGGCCUUGCUGCAUGCAGCUGGUCAAUGCAUAUAUGAUCGCCUCAAGAUCUUCCCACCUAUGCCAUCCCCACCAGCUCAUGGUGUCUGGAAACCCAAUGGAAAAGUUGUUACUACAGUGCCAAAUAAACGCAAGGCAACCAUGGAGCACUUGGAAGAGCAGCCACCCCACAAGAAAAUAGCAACUGAUGGACCAACUGGUCCAGUGUCUACCAGCUCCUCAUCAUCUCCCAUGCAGGAGGAACCAGUAGUAGCUUCUUCUUUGGGGGAUUCUGAUGCGGGCCCCUUAUCAUCUUCUGCACAGAUUUCUCAUGAUAGCGGAUCAGGCAGCAGACAUAGAAGAGGCAGUGGUGAUACUCGAGCUUCAAAGAUUUCAGCCAUCCUACCGCAGAUUUGGAAGGAUGACUUAAAAUCUGGGCAGCUUAUGGUUUCAUUGUUUGGUCUAUUUGGGGAAGGCAUUCUCUCCUUUAUUCCUGCUCCUGAGAUGUCUUUGUUUUUGUAAAG